AAGAGUCUGGGUUCGGGUGUCUCCGCGGGGAAAUAGGGAAGCGCCUCCAAACUCGAAAAUCGUGCUGCUACCCUCCACCCUCACUCCAGGAGUCUCCAAUCAAUACCCACCCUCACCGUGACCGGCAGGAAUCAGGACGGGUUUCCUCUUGUCCUCCUCCUUCCUUGCCCACAGCCACGCCACCUCAAAAGAAAUUGGGAGCCGGUUACCUGAGCAAGAACCGCUAUCUGGACAGACCAGCACACAGGCUCCUGGUCACGUGAAGUUACGUCACUGUCUGUCCUUAGGAUGGAGCUCUAACUGAACUGAAGAAAGGAGAAACAGCCCUGAAUCACUGGAGGUCUGUCUGCCUUUUGGGCCCUGCACAACUGCAAGCCUGGUGGAAAAGAGCAAAUUGCUUCUGCUCCCAGCAAGUUGGUCCUGCUUGGCUUGCAACCUCAGCAGAACUUUCGAGCCUGAACUGAAGCACCUUACCUUGUCGUGCACGCACCCCACUUGGGCACACCAGCUCCACACCCUGGAUCAGGGAAUCACUCCAGCUGCAUCAUGAGCCGUGUUCGGGAUGCUGGCUGUGUAGCCGCUGGGAUAGUGAUCGGGGCCAGUGCCUGGUACUGUGUCUACAAAUAUGCCAGGGGAAGAAACCAGAUGAAGAAGAGACUGGCCAAGCCCAAGACCAGGGCUGUGGCCGGGACUGGAGCCCGGGCUAGAGCUGGACUAAGGGCUGGAUUCACAAUUGACCUUGGGCCAGGAUUUGGUCCUCCAACCCCAGUCCGCACUGGGGCAGAGGUCAGGGUCCAGGAUGAAACCUCUGCUCUGGACAUGGCUGGAGCUGAAGCAGUGGCCCCAGUUGCAUCUAGUGCCGAGGCUCAGAGUGGGGCAGGAAGUCAGGCCCAGGAGGCAGAAGGGGCCAGGGUUGGGCCUAAAGCUGAAUCAGAAGCCACAGUGGCUUCUGCAGUGGCACCGCCUCCCUGGGAGGCAGAGGCUCCCGUGGCUGCAGAGACCUCCACAAUGACAGGGGCUCCUAAAUUAGCAGAAGCCCCUGGCACAGCAGAGUCUCCUGGGGCACCAGCUCCUACUGAGGCAGCACCACCUACCGAGGCGGUGGAGGCUCCCAUACCAGCAACGCCUACUGAGGUAGCAGCACUUUCUGGGGCAACAGCAUCUUCUGGGGCAGCAGCCCCUACUGGGGCUGCAGAGGCUCCUGGGACUUCAGGAUCCUCUAGAACAGCAGCAGCCGCCAAGAAAACAACCCCUGGGGCUCAUACUGGGGCUAUACCUAAGGCCGGGUCAGCUACUGGAGCUGUACCCAAAGGUGGAGCUAAGGGUGGAACCAAGUCCCGGACUGGAGGCAAGGGCAAAGGCAAGAAAAAUAAGGUUGAAGUAGACGAAUUGGGGCUGGGCUUCCGCCCUGGAGAUGGGGCUGCGGCAGCUGCCGCAGCCUCCGCUAAUGGAGGACAGGCUUUCCUGGCAGAGGUUCCUGAUUCUGAAGAAGGGGAGUCUGGGUGGACAGACACAGAAUCGGAGUCAGACUCUGAGCCUGAGACCCAGCAGAGAGGGAGAGGGAGGAGACCCGUUCCCAUGCAGAAGCGCCCCUUUCCUUAUGAAAUUGAUGAGAUUCUGGGUGUCCGAGAUCUCAGGAAAGUCCUUGCUUUGCUUCAGAAAUCGGAUGAUCCUUUCAUCCAACAGGUAGCUUUGCUCACUCUGAGCAACAAUGCCAAUUAUUCAUGCAACCAAGACACAAUUCGCAAAUUGGGAGGCCUCCCAAUUAUUGCAAACAUGAUCAACAAAACUGAUCCCCACAUUAAGGAAAAAGCCUUAAUGGCCAUGAACAACCUGAGUGAGAAUUAUGAAAAUCAGGGCCGGCUUCAGGUAUACAUGAAUAAAGUGAUGGAUGACAUCAUGGCCUCUAACCUGAACUCAGCAGUACAGGUAGUUGGACUAAAAUUUUUAACAAACAUGACUAUUACAAAUGACUACCAGCACCUGCUUGUCAAUUCCAUUGCAAACUUUUUCCGUUUGUUAUCUCAGGGAGGUGGAAAAAUCAAGGUUGAGAUUUUGAAAAUACUUUCGAAUUUUGCUGAAAAUCCAGAUAUGUUAAAAAAACUGCUCAGUACCCAAGUGCCAUCAUCAUUUAGUUCCCUCUACAAUUCUUAUGUGGAAUCAGAAAUUCUUAUUAAUGCCCUGACUCUAUUUGAGAUCAUCUAUGACAAUCUCAGAGCAGAAGUAUUCAACUACAGAGAGUUCAAUAAAGGCUCCCUUUUUUACUUAUGCACUACAUCUGGAGUGUGCGUUAAGAAAAUUCGAGCCUUAGCAGAUCACCAUGACCUCUUGGUGAAAGUGAAAGUUAUAAAACUAGUGGACAAAUUCUGAUUGGCUAUGUGUCUCAGAGACUUGAAGAAAUGUCUAGUUUUGCAGUCUGGAAGCAAUGAAAAUUGAAAGUUACUGCUUUUCCACUUGCUUAUAUAGUAAAGGGAUCCUUUCAGCUGCCAGUUUUGAAUAAUGUAUCAUCCAGAGUGAUGUUAUCUGUGACAGUCUCCAGCUUUAAGCUGAACAAUUUUAUGAAUACCAAAUAAAUAGUCCUCUUGUACUGAAAACACAUUUGUGACUUUAAUCGUGCUGCUUGAAUGGAAAUAUUUUUACUGGUUCCUCUAUGUGAAUUGACAGUGAACCUGUCCAUCAUGAAUAGCCUACACUUCUAUCAUCUGUUUUGACUUGAAUUUAUUCACCAAAGACUUCAUUUGUGUAUCAUUAAUA